AUGUCCCACAACAUCCUCAUAACCGGCGGCUCCGGCUACCUCGGCGGCACGCUCCUCGCGCACCUCUCUUCCGCCACAAACCUGCCCCCAUACGACAAACUCUACGCCCUCGUCCGCACCCCGGAGCAAGCAUCCAGCGUCCGCGCGCUCUACAACGCCGAGCCCCUCACAAUCGACCUCUCCUCCCCGGCCAGCAUCACCGCCGCAAUCGUGGACCACAAAAUCACCAUCGUCUUCCACCUCUUCAACCCCGUGGACACGAUCACGCCGCCGCACUUCAUCCGCGCGCUCGCGCAGGUCAAGAAAGAGACGGGCGUUCCAGCCACGCACUUCCUAUUCACCACGGGCGCGAAGCUGUUCUCGUCGCACGCGGGCGCGCCGACGGACCGUCCGCUGCGAGACACAGACCCGAACCUGUACGCGAUGCAGAAGGCGCAGGUUGACGCGGCGCCGCACUUCGCCAUGGGCCGGGGCGUGCUGGCGAAUAAUCUCGUCAUCGAGGCCGCUGAGGAAGAAGGCGUGAAGAGCUAUAUUUUCGCGCCGUGCAUCGUGUACGGGAAGGGCGAGGGGUUUGGGAAUAAGAUCAGCAUCCAGACCGUGGCCAUUGUGUGUGCUGCGAAGGCGCUGAGGCGUGUUUAUCGAGUCGAUGAGGGAAGACCCAGCUGGCCGGUCUGCCAUGUUAGCGAUACGGUGGGGUUGUAUCUGGAGAUGCUGAGGGGGAUGCUGGAGGGGAGGGAGUUAGGACACGGGAGGCAGGGGUACUUUUUGGCGAGUCCGGGGAGUGUCGGCUGGGAGGAGAUUUAUGAGGUGAUCGGGAGGGCGCUGAAGAGGAGGGGGUUGGUGGACGAUGAGGCGGUCGGGCAGGCGGAUAGGGAGAUCUUGGGGAAGAUGGCGGAGGCGUUGGGGUGUGGGAGGGAGUGGGUGGGGGUGCAAGUUGGUGGAAGGUGUACGUUUACUGCUGGGCAUGGGAAGCAGAUUGGCUGGGAGCCAAAGUAUGGGCCGGAGCAUAUAUUGGAGGCGGCGGAUGAGGAGGUGGAAUGGAUUUUGGCGAAUAUGAAGGAUGGGCAGAAGAUUGGGAAUAUGUCGGAGAAGCGGGAUUGA